AAUUCCUCGCUGACUUGUUCCUUUCCGUGUGCGAUGUGGGGCCCUGGAAUUUGUCGCAAGCCAACUCUGACAUUUGCCCAUCGGAGCAUCUCGAGUGAAUUCUAAAACCCGCUGAUGAAGAACGACUUGUUUUAAGACGUUGAUUUGCGAGUUUCGCAGAGUUUAUGGCCAUUUUUUACGUCGUUUGUGAAGUGUAAAGAGGCUAUGAGUUGGUGUUUCAGUGGAAUGCAGAGGUUUGCAUUUUCGAUACUCGGAGGUUUUUUGAGUUUUGACAAUAGAAGGUGCAUCAGGAACGAUGCGAAUAAGAAGAGAUCGAGGUUAAGGAGGUGUGAGGAGGUUUUACGAGAAAGUGUGAGAGUGCUAAGCAGGGAUUUUGACCAUUGGAGUGGAAUGUAUUGAGACCACAAGAAGAUGUCAAUGUCUGCAUUCUGAAGCUUGUUUGUCGAAUUCAAAUAAAGUAUUGCGCAUUUCGGGUGUCUCAUUGCGUUCGUUCGUCAGAUGGCGAGUUGAGAAUGAUGGAUGAUCAAUUUGGAGAGUUUUGUGGAUUCAAUUCGACGGAUGAUGAGGGAGAUUGGCCUCCACAACUUUGUAAUGCUGAGUCCAGUCAACGCCCCGCUGCGACCUCCUCAACUCCACGACGCGGAAGAUAUGCACGCCGAUGCGAACGGUGAUAUUGUUGAAAAGCUCAAACAUACACACAUCUCCUUCCUCCAGGAAAUGGCUGCGGGAGAAAUCCAUCCACCCUGUUGCGCUAAUCUUAGGGUUCAUGGGUUUGGUUCCCUCCCAGAUAGUCUUGCAAGUUGUCGGCACCUCGUCGCACAUCAACGUCAUUUUAGCCUCCGUUGCAGUCUGUACAGCUGUGGUAGCCCUUCAUGACAACUACGAAGUGAGGGAUGCGGAGCUUCAUGGUCCAGGCUUCAGCUGCCCGGAGGGUUCUCUCUCGGUCGAUUUUGGCAACUAGGCCACGCCUGGACUUCAACGCGCACAAGGUGGUAGAGUUGGUCUCGAUAACUGAUGUAGUUUUUAGAGUGGGGAGACCAGUGGCGCAGAAUCUUGGAAGACUAGCUUGGUUGAGAUUGGUGCUGUCUUUCUCACGAAAAGUAGAAAAAAUCAUGCGACAGCUAACUGCAUUGACAAUGUUGGUGAAUUGCUUGAAUUCCUGCGAACUCAGCAUCUUGAUGGAAUCUGUUUUGUCCCGACUUUCGAGUUGCAAUUGAGACGGCGAUUCGGUGACGUGCGUUACGGUCUCUGAGUCCAUUUCUGUGGGCAUGUC